GUACAAAAUGUCGUGGGAACCGCAACCGGACGGCCUGAGCCAGAUCAUCACACUGCUGAAGCAGUCACAAUCAAAGGAUAAUAUGGUACAACGUGCCGUGCAGCUGAAAUUGGAAGAACUCAACCAGUAUCCAGAUUUUAACAACUAUCUGAUCUACGUACUAACGAAGCUAACCUCCGAGAACGAACCGACACGAUCACUCUCGGGCUUGAUAUUGAAAAACAACAUCCGUAUCCACGGUGCACAGCUCCAACCGGCUAUCCUCGAGUACAUCAAGCAGGAAUGUCUCCGGGCUUUGAGCGAUCCCUCACCGUUGAUUCGUGCGACGGCCGGUAUCCUCAUCACGACCAUCGCUAAUACGGGCGGGCUAACGAACUGGCCCGAACUGUUGCCAACGCUGUGCGACAUGCUCGACUCACAGGAUUACAUCGUGUGCGAAGGGGCGUUCGGUGCGUUGCAGAAAAUUUGCGAAGAUUCGGCCAACACGCUCGACAGCAGUGCACUGAACCGUCCGUUGAACGUGAUGAUUCCAAAGUUCCUGCAGUUUUUCCGCCAUUCGAGCCCGAGCAUUCGUUCGUACGCGAUUGCCUGCAUUAAUCAGUUCAUCGUCAACCGCACCCAGGCACUGAUGGUUCACAUCGAUACGUUCAUCGAGAAUCUGUUCCACAUCUCGUCGGAUGAUGAUCGGGAGGUGCGGAAAAACGUAUGCCGUGGUUUGGUGAUGUUGCUGGAAGUUCGCAUGGAUCGACUGAUGCCGCACAUGAAUAAUAUCAUCGAGUACAUGCUGGUGCAGACGCAAGAUUCGGACGAAACGUCACUGAAUGCCUGUGAGUUUUGGCUGUCGCUUGCCGAGCAAAACAUUUGCAAGGAAGUGCUGACGCCGCAUCUGGCACGCCUGGUACCGGUGCUGGUGCGUGGCAUGAAGUACAGCGAUAUCGAUAUAAUGGUACUGAAGGGUGACGUGGAGGAGGAUGAAAUGAUUCCGGAUCGCGAGGAAGAUAUUAAGCCAAGGUUCCAUAAGUCCAGGACGGUCACGCAGAAGCCGGCUAGCGGUGCCAGUGGUAGCGAUGGUGCGGUACGAUCGAUGGAAGGCAACGAUGACGAUGACGAUAUCGACGAUCCGUACGUCGAUAUGAAUGACGACAGCAAUCCAUCCGAUUGGAACUUGCGGAAGUGCAGUGCGGCUACACUGGAUGUGUUGGCGAACGUGUACAAGGAUGAGUUCUUGCCGAUACUGCUACCGAUCCUGAAGGAGACACUCUUCCACGAGGAAUGGUUGGUGAAGGAGAGCGGCAUCCUAGCACUGGGAGCAAUCGCGGAAGGCUGCAUGACCGGUAUGGUGCCACAUCUGCCCGAGCUGAUCCCAUAUCUGAUCGUAUGUCUGUCGGACAAGAAGGCACUCGUACGGUCCAUUACCUGCUGGACCCUGUCACGCUACGCCCAUUGGGUCGUUAGUCAGCCUCAUGAUCAGUAUCUGAAGCCAUUGAUGAAAGAGCUGCUGAAGCGUAUCCUCGAUGCGAACAAGCGCGUACAAGAGGCGGCCUGUUCGGCUUUUGCAACCCUGGAGGAAGAAGCAUGCACGGAGCUAGUACCGUACCUCGGUUUCAUACUGGAUACGCUCGUGUUUGCGUUCCGAAAGUAUCAGCACAAGAAUUUGCUGAUUCUCUACGAUGCCAUUGGAACACUGGCCGAUUCGGUUGGGCAUCAUCUGAACAAGCCGGAAUACAUCAGCAUGCUAAUGCCACCGUUGAUUGAAAAGUGGAACAACCUGAAGGAUGAAGACAAGGAUCUGUUUCCACUAUUGGAGUGUCUGUCGAGUGUUGCCACUGCACUGCACUCCGGUUUCCUGCCGUACUCUGAACCGGUUUAUCGACGGUGUAUUUCACUGAUACAGCAAACGUUGAUACAGGAUGUGGCUAGUACCACCAAUCCGACACAGUUCGAGCAGCCGGACAAAGAUUUUAUGAUUGUUGCGCUGGAUUUGCUUUCGGGACUGGCGGAAGGAUUGGAUUGCUAUAUUGAGUCGCUAGUAUCGAGCAGCAAUAUUAUGCAGCUGCUUUAUCAGUGUAUGCAAGAUUCGAUGCCUGAGGUACGUCAAUCGUCGUUCGCCUUGCUGGGUGAUUUGACGAAAGCUUGCUUCCAGCACGUCCAUCCGCACAUUGCCGACUUUUUGCCCAUCCUGGGGCACAAUCUGAACCCAGAGUACAUUUCGGUGUGCAACAAUGCUACGUGGGCUAUUGGAGAGAUCAGUAUCAAGCUGAUGGAGGACACCAAGCCGUACAUUCCAAUGGUGUUGGGACCGCUGAUUGAAAUUAUCAACAACGUCAACACUCCGAAAACUUUGUUGGAAAAUACUGCAAUAACAAUUGGGCGUCUGGGUCUCGUGUGCCCCGUAGAAGUGGCUCCCUCAUUGCAACAGUUUGUGCGACAGUGGUGCUCGUCGUUGCGCAACAUUCGGGACAACGAGGAAAAGGAUUCCGCGUUCCGUGGGAUGUGUCAAAUGAUCACGGUCAAUCCGGUUGGUGUUGUGCCCGAUUUUAUAUUCUUCUGCGAUGCAGCCGCUUCGUGGAUGACGCCACAAAAGGAUUUACAUGAAAUGUUGCAAAAGAUUCUGCACGGUUUCAAGAUGCAAGUUGGAGAGGAAAAUUGGGCCCGUUUCGUCGAACAGUUUCCACCCCAGCUGAGCGAACGUUUGGCCGUACUGUACAACAUCUAA